CAUCUGCAAUGACGUCAUGUCGAACCUCCCAGUCUGCGCGGUGCUGCGUGUGCUGCCGGUGUCGCGCGCGCGACGGGCUCGGAAAACUCUGGCCUUGCUCUGUUAAAGAGGAGGAACUCGCGCUCGCGCUCCUCCGCCGCCGCCGCCGCUGUUGCUGCUGCUGCUGCUGCACGCGCCGCUCUGUACCGGUGAGUGCGCGUGACUCCAGGGGGGUUAGUGCGGUUUAGACACACAAACAAACAAACAAACAAACAAAGGAGCAAAAGCAAGAAGCAGAAGGAAAGCUGGAGGAAACUGAAGUGAACUCGGUGCACGUGAGAGCGAAACGGAGAACUCACGGAGGUUUUUUUUUUUUUUUUUUUUUUUUUGAGGUUUUCAUUCAUUAAUGGAGCUGAAGUUUAGUCGGAGCAGAGCGAAGAGAAAUCCCUCCUCAGCUCUUUGUUCCUGCAGCGGGACAUCUGCUGGGCUUUUUCCGUGGGUCGGAACCGGAGAGAAGAGAGCGGAGUAAAGCGCGAGCAGGAGCACGAGCAGGAGGAGGAGCAGGAGGAGAGCGCGCGCGGAACCGGGACACUGCACGAGAGCCAGUGUGAGAGAACAUGAGGACGGCAGACAAAUGGACAGACUCAAACGAGAACCUCCCGCUGUAGAUCUGCUGCUCUGGACUUACUUGAAGUAAUUUGGCCUCCCUCACUCAUGGCUGGCACACGUUCGGAGGCACAUGCGAGUCAGACCUGGAGGCUUCGACUUUCCAAAGACUUUUAAGCUUCCUGGACGUCUUUGUGGACUGAAGUUUGAGAGCGUCAGAGAUGAUCAUCAGAUCGGAUCUGUUAUGGUGCUGGACUGACUGAACUGUUUUAAUCCUCGUGUAGCUCCCCCCCAAACCCCCUCCCCCAUGUCAGACCUUCUCUAAAUUAUGGAAAUUUUGUGGAAGACGCUGACUUGGAUAUUGAGCCUGCUUUUGGCCGCUGCUGAUCCUCAGAGCCUUUCUUACAGUUCUCAAGAGGAGUUUCUGUCUCAUCUGGAGGACUACCAGCUCACCGUGCCUGUUCGGCUGAACGAUAAGGGCGAGUUUAUGAGUUACACUGUGAAGCAGCACCGGCCCGGACGCAGGAGACGGGCACUGGAUCAAACCGGGCCGGACGCCGCAGAGACCAGGCUCUUUUACCGCCUGUCAGCUUACGGCAAGCACUUUCACCUAAACCUGACGCUCAACCCCAACCUGGUGUCCAAACAUUUCACUGUAGAGUACUGGGGCAGGGACGGGCAGGAGUGGCGCCACGCCGUGGUGGACGAUUGCCAUUACGUUGGAUACCUACUGGAUCAGUACGACACUACAGGAGUGGCACUGAGUAACUGCAACGGCCUGCACGGCGUCAUCACCACAGAAGAAGAGCAGUAUUUAAUCGAGCCCCUAAAGGACGUGUCCUCCAGAAACUCCAGCGAGUUCCGGCUCUCCGGCGAAGGCCAGCCGCACGUUAUUUAUAAAAAAUCCUCCGUCCCUUUGCGGCAGGAGCACAGUGAGGAGCUCAGCUGCGGCGUUUCAGACCUCACGAUAAAGCGGACGCCAUGUUGGAAAAGCAGCCACGCCCCCGUGGCUCCGCCCCCCUCGCAGAAUAACCACACCUCUGGCGGUCCUCACCGUCAGCGGCGCUCCAUCAGCACCGAGCGCUUCGUCGAGACCCUGGUGGUGGCCGACAAGAUGAUGGUGGGCUACCACGGCCGCAAGGACAUCGAGCACUACAUCCUGUCCGUCAUGAAUAUUGUUGCCAAACUUUACCGUGAUGCCAGUCUUGGAAACGUUGUGAACAUUAUCGUGACCAGGCUGAUUGUUCUGACGGAGGACCAGCCGAAUCUGGAGAUUAACCACCAUGCAGAUAAAUCGCUGGACAGUUUCUGUAAGUGGCAGAAAUCGCUGUUGUCUCAUCAGGGGGACGGAAACAGCAUCCCGGAGAACGGCAUCGCUCACCAUGACAACGCUGUUCUCAUCACCAGGUACGACAUCUGCACCUACAAGAACAAGCCCUGCGGUACUCUCGGUUUGGCGUCAGUAGCUGGAAUGUGUGAACCAGAACGGAGCUGCAGUAUUAAUGAAGACAUCGGCCUCGGCUCCGCUUUCACCAUCGCACAUGAGAUCGGACACAACUUUGGAAUGAACCAUGACGGAAUCGGGAACGCCUGCGGGACUAAGGGGCACGAGACGGCCAAGCUGAUGGCGGCGCACAUCACAGCCAACACCAACCCCUUCUCCUGGUCCACCUGCAGCAAGGACUACAUCACCAGCUUCCUGGACUCAGGUCGGGGAACGUGUCUGGACAAUGAACCCCUGAAGCGGGACUUCCUGUACCCCACCGUGGCUCCGGGGCAGGUGUAUGAUGCCGACGAGCAGUGUCGCUUUCAGUACGGCGCCUCCUCCAGACAGUGCAAAUAUGGGGAAGUGUGUAGAGAGCUCUGGUGCCUUAGCAAAAGUAACCGCUGUGUCACUAACAGUAUUCCGGCCGCAGAAGGAACGCUGUGCCAAACCGGCAGCAUUGAGAAAGGGUGGUGUUAUCAGGGCGAGUGUGUGGCGUUCGGGACGUGGCCGCACAGUGUGGACGGAGGCUGGGGGCCGUGGACGCAGUGGGGCGAGUGCAGCCGGACGUGCGGCGGUGGAGUUUCCUCGUCCAUGCGUCACUGUGACAGUCCAGCGCCGUCCGGAGGAGGGAAGUACUGUCUUGGGGAGAGGAAGCGCUACAGAUCGUGCAACACCGACCCUUGUCCAGCAGCGUCGCAGGACUUUCGCGAGAAGCAGUGCGCCGACUUCGACAGCAUGCCGUUCCGUGGGAAAUAUUACAGCUGGAAGCCUUACACAGGAGGUGGCGUGAAGCCCUGCGCGCUCAACUGCCUGGCCGAGGGCUAUAACUUCUACACAGAACGUUCUCCUGCAGUCAUCGACGGUACACGCUGCCAAGCUGAUUCUCUGGACAUCUGCAUCAACGGAGAGUGCAAGCAUGUGGGCUGUGACAACAUCCUGGGCUCGGACGCCAGAGAGGACAUAUGCCGUGUGUGUGGAGGAGACGGCAGCACAUGUGAGACCAUUAAAGGCCUGUUCAAUGACUCGCUACCCAGAGGAGGAUAUAUGGAAGUUGUCCAGAUUCCUAAAGGUUCCGUCCACAUUGAGAUCCGGGAAGUGGCCAUGUCGAAGAACUACAUCGCUUUAAAAUCCGAGGGAAACGAUUAUUACAUCAAUGGAGCAUGGACCAUCGACUGGCCUCGCAAGUUCGACAUUGCAGGAACGGCGUUCCACUACAAGAGACCGACGGAUGAGGUGGAGUCUCUGGAGGCACUCGGGGCCACCACGGAGAACCUGGUCAUUAUGGUGCUACUGCAGGAACAGAAUCCAGGUAUCAGGUACAAGUUUAACGUUCCCAUCCAGCGCACGGGCAGCGGGGACAACGACGUGGGCUUCACCUGGCACCACCUGCCCUGGUCUGAGUGCUCAGCCACCUGCGCAGGAGGCUCGCAGAAACAGGAGGUGGUUUGCAAAAGGCUGGACGACAGCUCGGUGGUCCAGAACAGCUACUGCGAUCCUGACGGAAAACCACCGGAGAACCAGAGGCCCUGUAACACGGAACCGUGUCCACCUGAGUGGUUUAUCGGCGACUGGUCAGACUGCAGUAAGUCGUGUGACGGAGGGACGCGGAUGCGCACGGUUCUCUGCAUCCGCAAAAUCGGCCCUGCAGACGAGGAGAACCUGGAGGACGUUCACUGCCUGACACAUCGACCAAUCGAGCGCGAGAGCUGCAACAAUCAGUCCUGUCCUCCACAGUGGGUUCCUCUGGAUUGGUCUGAGUGCACUCCGAAGUGUGGCCACGGCUUUAAACACCGCAUCGUGUUGUGUAAGAGCAGUGAUCUGACUAAAACGUUCCCACCAGCGCUGUGUUCAGAGCUGAUCAAACCCCCGGUGAGGAUGCGCUGCAGUCUGGGCCGCUGUCCACCUCCACGCUGGAUUCCCGGAGAGUGGGGACAGUGUUCUGCACAGUGCGGUUUGGGACAGCAGAUACGGACGGUGCAGUGUUUGUCCUACACCGGACAGCCGUCUAGCGAUUGUCCCGAGGCUCUGCGUCCCAGCAUGAUACAGCCGUGUGAGAGUAAAUGUGAUGCCACGCCCAUUGCCAACGGUGACGAGUGCAAAGACGUAAACAAGGUGGCGUACUGCCCACUGGUGCUGAAGUUCAAAUUCUGCAGCCGUGCCUACUUCAGACAGAUGUGCUGCAAAACCUGCCAAGGACACUGAUGAUCCUGCAGAGAGAGACGAGAGAGACCAAGACGACGUGGGCUGGAGGACAAAGCUGCUUCCUCUUUCUCUCUCUCCUCUCUCUCUCUCUCUCUCUCACACACACACACACACACACACACACACCUGCUUUUUCAGCCCUGUGGAACCCAUACCACUGAUCAGCAGCAUGCUGACACGUUUUAUUUUUAUUUUCACUUCUGUGAAGUGGGAACUUAAUAAUAUGGUCAUUAUUGUUAUUUUAUUAUAAUAAUAAUUAUUAUUGUUGUUAUUAUAAUUGUUAUUGACGUCUGUCUAUCUGUCUGUCUGUCUGUCUGUCGUAAUCCAAAGUGCUGGACACAUCAUAUGCAGAAGCGGCACCGCUAAAGAGGUUUAUUAUAACUGUGUAAUACCCAAAAGUGUUUCACAUGUUCUCUCUUACACACACACACACACACACACACACACACACACACUUGGGUCUGCUGUGGCAGUGAAUUCUCCUAAUAUAAUCCCAUUUUCAUACAAUUUUGUACAGAAGUGGACAAAAUAAAAGAAACUGCUAAAAUAUAUGAAUUUACUGCUGGGAAAAAGUGCGACUGAUGACCAGUGGGCGUGUCUUUGAGACUAUAUAUGGACUCAAAGACACGCCCUUCAGAAUUUCUGCAUAGGAAUACAUUUGUGAUUGCACACAGAGGAUUUCUGCAAUAUUAGAAAUUCUAUCAGCUGAUAAGAGCUGAGUGGUGAAAGAAAAGGGAAGAUGAUGGGCGGUGCUGGUGUGACGUGUUUCUGGAGGGAAAGUACUGCUUCAGCGGACAGCUAACCGUAUCUCGCUACGCCGCUAGUGUGUUGUUUGGGAAUGACGCUAGCUUGUUAGCUACUUAUAAAGAACAUCAUCAUCAUCAUUCAGCUAGUUUGUGCUAGCAUGUUAGCUCCUGCUAAUCAGUUGCUCAGAAUGUGAUUGUAUGUACAAAUUGCUGCUUUCCUGAAACUGUAAUAAGAAAAAGGUCCUCCAUGUUGAGUCUUCCAGAAAUGCAUGACCUCAGCACUUCUCUCGUUUUCUAUUGGCUUACACGUCCGGGAUUUGCGGGGUUAAAGUUCAUCUAGAUUAACUCGGAGGUAUAAAAUGGGUCGCUACCAGAAGCGACUCCCAGAAGGAGAUCCAGAUUUUAAAUUCCUCCUGCUGAAAACUCACACAGAAUCCGUGCGGAAUCCCGGAUCUCAAACACUUCCCUCUGUAAGACUCACAUGUUGCCAUUUUGGAAACUACUUUAAUGACUUCAAGUCCUAUUCACGUGGUGUUUCCGUUAUUUUGUCCACAUCCUGUAGCUCGGCUCGACAUCCAUCAGACAGACAUUAAGGAUUAUUAACUCCACAUGGCCACAAUAUAACACUUUAUAAACUUUCCCUAAUCACAUUUCACGACAUUUUUAAUUGUCGGAUUGGUUUAAAAUUUGCGGCUGGAGUAAACGCCGCUCAGUGAGGUGCAGAGGCAGCGCCGGUGCUGUUUGGUGCUCGUUUGGAAGUUGUGAGUGUUAGGAUUCCAGAUGUUCCAGCCGUGGGGCCACCUGUUUUACUAAGCCGAGUCACAUGACCACAGGCCAAAGAAUUCCACCAUUGUGUUUGUGACACUCAAACAAGGCCUGAAAAUCACAUUAGAAAGUAAAGGAGGACGGAACAACGCCCAGAUACGGCUUCCAAACCUCCGUCAAGGAAAGAAAAAAAAAAGACAUAGCCAUUCUGUUUCUGUUUUCUUUUUUAAAGAAUGUUCAAAUCCGUGAUAUUUUUUGUACUGUUUAAAAUGCCUGGGGUCUGAAAGACAUUGUAUGCGCUAUAAUGAGAGGAUAUGAAUUCAUUUGUAGCAGAAAAAAUCCAGACGCAAUCACGCGCCCACCUCCUCCCCGGCGGAGAGGACCGAGGAUCGUGUCUCCUUCAGCAUUCGACUGGAGCUCAGAAUAAAUGGUCAAGGCGUUUAGGGGGGACACGCCAGAGCUCGAACAUCCGCUCAGAAUAAGGACUACCUCCUCCAGACACGUGCCUUCCCUCGUUCCCUCGUUCCCUCGUUCCCUCACUCCUCUUCGGAAACACACUUCACAGAACCCUCCAUGAUCGGUGGUGCUUUUUUCCCUGUUUUGUUCCCUCCUUCUUCUGACCUUCUCAAGAGGAAGCCUUGAUCCUUUCAGUCCUCUGGUGCUAACAAGAGCUUCAUUUCUCACCAACCCUUAAAGGAGGACAAUCAUGGGCUGUUUUUUUUUUUUUUUUUUUUUUUUUUUUUACAGUCAAUGUUUGUUGUUUUACCUCACACUAUCUUGAUUAUUGAGAUGGUAAUGCAGGUUCCAGAGUUGUGUAAACCCCGUUCAAUCCACCUGCUCUCAAUGCAAGCGGUACAUCACACAUGGAACCGAUCGAUUACCGGAAAACUCAUCCGAGAUUCCAAGAAACAAAGGUAGAGGAGUAACAGGACCACGGCCCGUUUCAGAUCUAACAACCCGUGCUAACUUUUUUGCUGCUGCUACUCUGUUGUAGCCACCAAUACAACGUCAGAACAGUUAUGUUUUUGUGUAAUAAAAUGUUUAAACUGGGACUUUUACUCGAGUGAACAUUGAACAGCCGGACACCAAAAUCCUGAGGCUUGAAGUAAAAGUUUACUGGCUUUGAAAAACGGAGGCCACAAAGACCAAGAUUCCCAAAAACAGAGGACAAACAUGAAACUGGUACUCACUCAUCGCUGUGAACUCGUGUCUCUGAAUGUCACAUCACUUAUCCUGUACCUAUAGAAGUGAGCGUUUUGUUUAGUUUUUUUUUUUUCCAUUUGCGAUAAAUUGCUUGUAUUUUAUAUUCAGUGUUAAAUGUUGGUACACUGUUACUAAUUUUUCAAUUGUAAAUUAUAUGCUAAUUUAUUUCCACGUGUCACUUGUCGUACGUUUCACGGCAUGCAAACUGAAAACAAAACAAAAAAAAAACAAUGCAGUGAAAUUAUUCCCGUCACCAUUUUUUUUAGUCUAGGGAAGAGCUUGAAUUUACCAGAGCACCAUCGCAAAGUGUGUGUUUAAAUGCUUUUGUGGCCUCAAGAGUGUGUGAAUGUUUGUAUGCAUGUUCUGGUCAGGUGUUGCGUAUUGUCAAAGAGGGAGUCCUCAAAAAGAAAAAAUAUCAGUUUACAAAUGAUGAGCAAAAAAAAAAAAUAGAUAAAUAAUCCCACAGUAACCGUAACAGUCUGAAUCUUUGGCUUGUACACUAUUAUUGGUGAAUCGUACAGUAUGUAUUGAAUCCCAAAUAAAGAGAAUGUUAAAGGG